AUGGCGCUCCUCGUGUGUUGUCUUUUUGCACUCAUAGUGAAAAAUAUAGUGUGUAGUGGUGAUAAUGAAUUAUAUAAAUACGUCAACCAAACAGAUCCUGCCACUGAGCAGCUUGUUGAAUUCGCAAAAGAACAUCCGAGAAGCUUAGAAAAUCUACCAGACGAUGUAGCGCAAGAGAUUUCAGCACGAGACCCUGACUAUUAUAAUCGUGAUCUAUACAAUGCUAUCGAGAACCAAAACUAUCCUGCAUGGGAAUUAGAAAUGGAUGUUCUGACUUUUGAAAAUAUAAAAAAUAUUAAUUAUAAUAAAUUCGAUGUUACCAGAUUGUGGAAAAAGGAUACAUAUAUUAGGAUGAAAAUACCUAUUGGCAUUCUAACAACAAGUGCAGGAAGGCCAGUAGAAAUUCGGGAGAGUAUUACGUUGAAUUCAGAUGGGUUUUCCAACCCCUACCACAUAGAUCUUUUAACACACGCUGAUGCUGAAAGAACACCUGAACGGAUCGUACACGCUAAAGGUACCGCUGCGAUAGGUUAUUUUAUAGUAACGCAUGAUGUUUCUAAAUAUACAAAAGCGGAUGUUUUCAAUGGAAUUGGUAAGAAAACUCCAGUUGUUGGUCGAUUCUCUACGAUUGCCCAAAAUAAAGGAGGCACCGAUCUUGAAAGAGCGACAAAAGCCUUGGCUGCCAAAUUUUUCACCAGUGAAGGAAAUCUUGAUUUGCUAAUGCUUAAUCUUCCAAUCUUCUUACAUAAAGAUCCACUUGUGUUUACCCAUGCUGCUCAUGCCAUAAAGAGAAAUCCUAAAACCAAUCUUUAUGAUCUUACUGCACGUUGGGAUUUUGUCACUAGAGUUGCUGAUACAUUUCACACAUUCAUGUGGUUAUUUUCUGACUUUGGAAUACCUAAUGGAUUUACAAAAAUGGAUAUAUUUCCUAUUCAUACCUAUGAAAUUAAUAAUAAACAUGGUGACAGAUAUUUUGUAAGAUUUAAUUUUCGAACAGAACAAGGUUUAGAAAAUUUACCAGACGAUGUAGCGCAAGAUAUUUCAGUACGAGACCCUGAUUAUUUCACCAGAGAUCUGUACGAUGCUAUCGAGAACAAAAACUAUCCUGCAUGGGAAUUAGAAAUGGAUAUUCUAACUCUUGAAGAAAUAAAACAUCUUGAUUAUAAUCCCUUUGAUGUAAUCAGACUUUGGAAAAGGGGGACGUAUCAUACGGUGAAAGUUGGUCGCCUUAUAUUUAAUAAAAACCCUGAUAAUGUAUUUAGAGUGGCUGAGUUAAUUACAUUCAAUCCAGGCAAUUUAGUGCCAGGUAUUCCUGGACCUAUUGAUACUCUUUUUAGAAGUAGACGGUCAUCGUAUCGGGAGGCUCAAGUAUACCGUUUAGGUGUGAAUCAUAACAGAGAAGAUGUAAAUGUUCCAUUGCAUUGGAACGUUUAUGAUCGUGAUGGUGUACCUCCAGUAAGGGAUAAUAUGAAAGAUAUCCCAAAUUACUAUCCAAACUCUUUUCAUGGACCUACGCCAUACGUUGAUCCAAGCCGACCUAAAGAAAGACUUUCAGUACUCCAAGCUAAUGUAGUCGAUUUAGAACCUAUAAAUUAUUUCUUUAAUCAUGUUCUAGAUUGUGACCAAAGACAAAGGCUUAUAAAUAACACAAUACCUUCCUUAAUACCAAUUUCUCCGAAGUUACGGAGAAGGGUAGUACGACUGUUUACCUUAACUGAUCCAGCAAUGGGCAAAAAAUUAACAGAAGGACUUGAACGUGCUUUGAAAAUGCCUCAGACGCCUCCCCCACCAGUAUUGAAGGUUUGGCAU